CCCUGAAGACCGAGAGGGGGUGGGUCCAGGAUGCUGAGGCAGCCGUUUAUUGGCUGUUAGCAGUGGUGAGGAGUGGGACCUGUAGCUGCUGCUGCUGCCAGCUGUAACAGGGGGCGAGACGAGACAAAGAGAGAGGGAGAGAGAGAGAGAGAGAGAGAGAGAACACACUACAGGUGUAAAAACACAGUGCUCCACAUCUAUCUCAUCAUCCAAAGCUCAGAGUUUUGGACAGAAGCUCCACUGCACAAUUUCGGCAUUUUCAUCCAUUCCUUCACACCAUGCUGCAUCCAAUUGCCAUCCACUGUGCCCUGUUAUUUUCUUUGCUGAUCUUGUGCGAUGCCCAGUCAGGCCCUAUAAUCCAGCUACGUCUAGCUGGGGAGAAGCGCAAACACUACGAAGGGCGAGUGGAGGUUUUCUACAAUGGAGAGUGGGGCACAGUGUGCGAUGAUGACUUCUCCAUAUAUGCUGCCCAGGUGGUGUGCAGAGAGCUCGGUUUCAUGGACGCUGAGUCCUGGUCACCCUCCGCUAAGUACGGAAGAGGAGAAGGCCGUAUCUGGCUCGACAACGUGCACUGCACUGGUGGAGAAAAGAGCUUGGCUCAGUGUGAGUCCAACGGUUUUGGUGUGUCUGACUGCAAACACUCUGAAGAUGUUGGGGUGGUAUGUAACCAAAAGCGCAUUCCAGGCUACAAGCUCAUCCGGAAUCAGGCCAAUAACGACGAGAGUAUGACAGUGCAGGUGGAGGACGUGAGGAUCAGAGCCACCUACUCCCACAGAAAAAGAAUUCCUAUCACUGAGGGGUUCUUGGAGGUGAAAGACGGAGGCAAGUGGAGGCAGAUAUGUGACAUAGAGUGGACAGCCAUGAACAGCAAGGUCAUCUGUGGCAUGUACGGCUUCCCCGGGGAGAAACGCAUCAAUAUUCGACCCUAUAAGUUGCUGGCCAAACGUCGUAAGAAGAACUACUGGGGUUCCUCUGUCAACUGCACAGGAAACGAGGCCCACGUGUCUGACUGUAAACUGGGCAGGGAGAUAGAGCUGAAAGGAAACAGCACAUGUGGAAAAGGCAUGCCUGUGGUGGUCAGUUGUGUGCCGGGUCGUGCCUUUGCCCCCAGCAUCAGCGCCGGCUUCAGGAAGGCCUACAGAGUGGAGCAACCCCUGGUGCGCCUCAGAGGCGGAGCUAUGAUUGGCGAGGGCAGAGUGGAGGUUCUGAAAAACGGCGAGUGGGGAACGGUGUGCGACGACAACUGGAACAUUCAGGCUGCCACUGUGGUCUGUCGAGAGCUGGGUUUCGGCAGCGCCAAAGAAGCUCUGACUGGAGGUCGAAUGGGUCAAGGGAUCGGGCCGGUGCAUAUGAACGAGGUGCAGUGCUCUGGCUUUGAGAAGUCACUGACUGAGUGUCACUUCAACCGCGAGUCAGUGGGCUGCAGCCACGAGGAAGAUGCUGCCGUCAAGUGUAACGUUCCCGCCAUGGGUUUCAACAGCAGACUGCGCUUAAGCGGUGGUCGUAACCCUUAUGAAGGCCGUGUGGAGGUUCUGGCAGAGAGGAACGGCUCUUUGGUCUGGGGCAGUGUGUGCAGUGACAGCUGGGGAACCAUGGAGGCCAUGGUUGUGUGUCGGCAGCUGGGCCUGGGAUUUGCCAGCCAAGCCUUUCAGGAAACAUGGUACUGGCAUGGAGAGGCCUCUGCUGAUGCUGUGGUUAUGAGUGGUUUAAGAUGUUCAGGCACGGAGUUGACUCUGGAUCAGUGUCUGCAUCAUGGAAAACACAUCCUGUGUCCUAAAGGAGGAGGACAUUUUGCUGCUGGUGUCUCAUGUACUCAAACUGCCCCAGACCUCGUCCUCAAUGCUCAGGUUGUGGAGCAGACCACAUACCUGGAGGACAGGCCAAUGUACACGCUGCAGUGUGCACACGAGGAGAAAUGUCUGUCCAAAACUGCUGACAAAGUGGACCCCACCACCUCCUACCGCCGUCUUCUUCGCUUCUCCUCCCAGAUCCACAAUAACGGUCUGUCAGACUUCAGGCCACGGGCUGCACACCAUUCCUGGAUUUGGCAUGAAUGUCACAGACAUUACCACAGCAUGGAGGUCUUCACCCACUAUGACCUGCUGAGUCUCAACGGCACUAAAGUAGCUGAGGGACACAAAGCCAGCUUCUGUCUGGAGGACACCUACUGUGACGAGGGUAUCCAGAAAAGGUACGAGUGCGCAAACUUUGGCGCACAGGGAAUCACAGUUGGCUGCUGGGAUACCUACAGACACGACAUUGACUGCCAGUGGAUUGACAUCACGGACGUGAAGCCCGGGGACUACAUCUUCCAGGUUGUAAUUAAUCCAAAUUACGAGGUUGCAGAAUCGGACUAUAGCAACAACAUGAUGAAAUGCCGUUCGCGCUACGAUGGACAAAGGAUAUGGACGUACAACUGUCGCAUAGGUGGUUCAUUUAGUUCUGACGCAGACCACACGUUUCCUGGACUGCUGACCAACCAGCUUUCACACAGGUAGAGCCGACGUGGACAACACAGUGGAAGCAACGUGCCAAUAUUAAUAUUCGACAACCACUAGAGGGCGCUGUAUACCUCCACUUCCUUGUAGCAGUGCUGGACAGACGUCAAACUCAUCUGGUACAAUGGACUAAAAUGUAUGACUCAAUGGGAGAAAAGAUCGCUUUGCUUCAAACUAUUACUCGCAUUCAGCUAAAAUGCAAAAUGUCCUUAUCUAUCAGUUUCUGUUGUCCGUCAAAGUAAGGUUUUAAUUAAGUUCACCCUGGUGCUUAAACCUGUUGGAGAUAACAUGUAAACUACAAAUGUUUGUUUUGUUCAACCUAAUAGGAAAAAGUUUUAUCAACCUUUACCAUUUCUAUCCCAUGGCCGACACAGACAAAGAAUAAUCAGGACAGCAACAAACAAGAUGAAGAAUACUUGUAGGAAAAUGCCGCAAAAAGUUGCAGAAGUAGUUUCUACUGCUUUAAAACAGCAUCAAAUAUGGAAAAGUUCUGGACCAUAUGCUUACAAAUAUAACCAACAUAUUUAAUAGUAUUUUGACUCUGAUCCAGGUUCGUCCACAGGUGUGCCAUCCUUAUAAAUAGCUGCUGCCAUUAAUGUAGGGCUGAAGGUGCUGGAAAAGAUAAUAAUAAUAACAUAUCUGUGUCUGAUCCAAAGGUGUUUUUUAACAGCAGUGUGUGAAGGAGGGUUCUUAAAAAUGUUAUUUUAUGUGAAUGAGACCUGGAUCAGUUCCCGAGAUUAGUUUAGAUGAAGCAUCACUUAAUGUGUACCACUACACCUAGUAGUAAUACUAGUACUAGGCAUUUCCUUUCUAGACAAAAAAAACAAACAAACCAACACAAUUAUUGUCAGAAAGACUAUUAACCUUGAUAUUGGACCGAUGCUGCUGCUAAAC